UGAGUUUCCCAUGACAUAUGGACCGUUAGAUAAUAGAAACGUAUCCUGGCCGUAGGAACCUGUUGUUCGUUGUAUAAAUAACAGAGAUCGGGACCAACCUUCCCAGAGUCGUAAGAGCUAGGGUUAACAAAUUUUGAUUACCGUCAUCUUUUAAGUAGCUUGAAAAUGCCUCGUUAUGAUGAUCGAUAUGGAAGUAAGACCCGUCUGUAUGUUGGUCGCUUGUCUUCGCGGACACGUUCUCGUGAUCUGGAACGUUUAUUCAGCAGAUAUGGGAGAGUACGAGAUGUGGAUAUGAAGCGCGACUUUGCCUUUGUUGAAUUUAGUGAUCCCCGAGAUGCUGAUGAUGCUCAAUAUAGCCUCAAUGACCGGGACUUCGAUGGAAGCCGUAUUAUUGUGGAAUUUGCAAAGGGGGCACCACGUGGUUCCCGAGCUUCUUUUGGCAGAGAUCCUCCUCCUGGAUCUGGACGCUGCUUUAAUUGCGGCAUUGAUGGUCAUUGGGCUCGUGAUUGCAAAGCUGGAGACUGGAAGAACAAAUGUUACCGCUGUGGAGAGAGAGGUCAUAUAGAAAAAAACUGCAAGAACAGUCCCAAGAAGUUAAGACGUGAAAGAACUGACUCAUUAUCACCAGACAGAUCCCUUUCUCCUCGUCGUGCCAGAAGCCGUAGCCGAAGUUAUAGUCGAGGCCGUAGCUACAGCCGGUCAAUAUCCCCAGCAAGGAGAGAGAGAAGAGUUGAGCGUGAAGAGAGGAGAUCACAGAGCCCUCGCUACAGAAGCCCAGGGCCAAGGAGAAGUCCAGCUCCUUCCAAGGGAAGGAAGCGCAGCCUAACACCUGAUGAAGCCAGCCCCCAGGAGAGAGGCACCCCUUCUCCCAAAAAUAGUAGAUUGGCUGCAGAGCAAAAUGGUUCCGAUUACAGUGGCAGCCCAAGGAGAAAUAGCAGAAGCCCUGUCAGCCCUGAAAGAGAGAGCCCUGUUGGCAGGAGCUAUCGAAGUCCUUCUGAAGCUAAUGGCCAUGGUCGAAGUGUCAGCCCUAGAGAUGAUAGGAGCCCUAUUGAUGAAGAUGAUGACAACAACCGGUCUCCAAGGGGUAGUGAGUCCCCCUAAAAAGCUUGGAGGAAUUUAUCAGUCUGUUUGCAUAUAUAUGGACAUGUUUAUUGACAUGUGGAUGGAACAUAAAAAAGGGUAACUGGGAUGGAUUAGCACUUUUCAUUUAUGAUACUGAGAAUUGAGUUCUGUAAUAUUCCAAGAAUUCUCUUUUACCUUUUCCCUUCGAGGGGGGUGGAGUAAUUACUGGAAAUGCCAGGCGACUUUGCUGGUGAA